UUUCAACCUUCAUCUUCUUCAUACUCACUGGAUUCAGUGUUGUCAUGACUACCGGAAAACUAGAAAACAAUGGAGUUUCCGGCCAUAUUCCGGCGUUUGACCCUCCUAAGAAGCCCCUUAGAAACAAAUACGCCAUAGCUUGUUCCCUUUUAGCUUCUCUGGCAUCAAUCUUGCUUGGCUAUGAUAUUGGGGUGAUGAGUGGAGCCAUUAUAUAUAUCAAAGAUAACCUUAAAAUCAGCGACGUUCAAGUGGAACUCCUAGUGGGAUCACUGGCCGUGUUCUCUCUGGUUGGAUCCGCCGCCGCCGGGAGGACCUCCGACUGGAUUGGGCGUCGGUAUACCAUGGUGGUCGCGUCGGUAAUCUUCUUCGCCGGAGCCCUGUUAAUGGGUUUCGCCACCAACUACGCUUUCCUCAUGGUGGGCCGUUUCGUCGCCGGCGUCGGCGUGGGGUAUGCCCUCAUGGUUGCUCCUGUCUACACCGCCGAGGUUUCGCCGGCGUCUUCCCGUGGCUUCCUCACUUCCUUCCCUGAAGUUUUCAUCAAUGCCGGUAUUUUACUUGGAUAUGUAUCAAACUUUGCAUUCUCCAAGCUCCCAACUCACUUGAGUUGGCGAUUCAUGCUCGGAGUGGGAGCGAUUCCAUCCGUGUUCCUAGGCUUAGGCGUACUCGCCAUGCCCGAGUCACCGCGUUGGCUCGUCAUGCAGGGUCGACUCGGAGAAGCGCGCCAAGUUCUCAACAAAACUUCCGAUUCCCUGGAAGAAGCGCAGCUAAGACUGUCAGACAUCAAAGAAGUGGCCGGAAUACCGGAGAACGUCAACGACGACGUCGUUCCGGUAACGGAGCGCCGGCGCGGCGCCGGCGAGGGAGUUUGGAGGGAGCUUUUCGUGUCCCCGACUAUGGCCGUCCGUCACAUAUUACUCACCGGCUUAGGCAUCCAUUUUUUCCAGCAAGCCACCGGGAUCGACACGAUUGUUCUGUACAGUCCGAGAAUCUUCGAGAAGGCCGGCAUAACGUCCGACCACAAGAAACUGCUGUGCACGGUGGCGGUCGGGUUCGUGAAAACGUUGUUCAUAUUGAUCGCCACGUUCACACUGGACCGGUUCGGUCGGCGAAAAUUGCUACUCUCGAGCGUGGGCGGUAUGAUAGCCUCGAUGCUGCUACUCGCCAUAGCGUUGACCAUCAUUGACCACUCGGCCCACAAGGUCCCGUGGGCCGUUGCGCUUAGCAUCGCUAUGGUUUUAGCCUACGUGGCGUUCUUUUCCAUUGGAAUGGGGCCCAUUACGUGGGUGUACAGCUCGGAGAUAUUCCCGUUGAGGCUUCGAGCCACGGGGUGUAGUAUGGGCGUGGCGGCGAAUCGCGUCACGAGCGGGGUGGUGUCAAUGACGUUUUUGUCCCUGUACAAAGCUAUGACCAUCGGCGGCGCGUUCUUUCUGUACACCGGAAUUGCGGUGGUGGCGUUCAUCUUUUUCUACACUUUGAUGCCGGAGACGAGGGGGAAAACACUGGAAGAAAUGGAGACAUUGUUUGGGACAUUCUUCAAGUGGAGGUCAACGUUGAGAGAGAUAGAGGCAAAGAAGCAAAAGAUGAUUAAUAAUCAACUUCAAAUGUCAUGCACAGAUGCUAAAAUAGCUAGCUAGGAAGAUUUGCAUUGAGUAUAGUUUGCUGAAAUCAAUGUUAAGUGCAAACGUAUUACCAGCCAAAUUAAAUAUCCAGUAGUUAAUUGUUCAUUCCCGGAAUCA